CCAUGUGCUGUGUUUAACUGCAGUCCAAUAUUCCUUUGUCAAUGCUGUAGCUAUGUGAUACAAAACGUUAUCUCUAAUACGUAUCAACUCAUCUUUGCUAGGAAUAUCAGUCUAAAAAGAAUAAUUUAUUAAAACGCGCUUGUUGUUUUUUAUUAAAAUAUUUAUUAAUCGCUAUGUUUUCUUUUGCGUAUUUGAUAAUAAUUGUGUAUUAUACGAUCUUGGGUUAUUGUUGUCUUCACAAAUCUCCAAUAGACCCUUGUUGUUCCAUCUUCGAGUAAGGCCCUGUCAAAAUGCUUUUCCAUGUUUUCAUGAUCAACGUAAAUACCGGUUUUUAGACUGAAUAACAUUUUGUUUUACUUCAACUAUUGUUUUGUUAAAUAAACAGUCAUAAUAGUCAUCAAACGUAAUAUGUUUAAGCGCAGCAGAUGUUAUCCCUUUAGUUUUUUUUACAACUCCAAUGUUAUUGACAAUAUAUUGACUAAAACUUUGAUUCCUCUUAGCCUCUUCAAUACUUUUGGCUCGUUCCUCUUCCUUAUAAUACAAUUUAAAUGAGUACAUUUUUGAUCUGAGACCACUUUUUUUUAAAGGAAUAUUAUAUUCAUUAUUUUCUGGAUAGUCUGGGGGUGUCAGACAUAUGAAUAUCUUGUUUUAUAUGUUUGGUAAAUAUCAUCAACAAAAAAAAAAUGAUAAAUUAAACUGUCUGUAUCUGUAUAUAAUAGUUUAGCAGUAUUUCCAAAUUUUUUAUUUAUGUACUUGUAAUGAAAUUCAUAAAGAUAUGUUUUUGAAAUGUCGAGUACUUAAUUUUCAUUCGAUUUAUUUCAAUUAGAACCAUGUCUUUACCAAAAAAUUGUACAGCUAUUAAAAUUUGGUUGAGAAAUAUAAUAAUUUGCCCCAUAUCUUCCUGACCAUCUAGUUACUAACUUAAUGUCCAUGUAUUUCUUAACAUUUUCAAUACAUAAAAUUAACAUGAAGUAAAACUCCCUAGUGUAGUUGGUAUAUUUAAUAAAAAUUCUAAAAAUUUUUAAAAAUCCAAACGGAUUACGUUCAAAACGUUUUCGGACUUAUCAGUCCAUCAUCAGUGAACUCUCUGUCCUUACUAAAUAGCCACAAUGCCACACACUGGCCAAGAUGUAUGUUACAACUACAUGGUGAAAUCUGUUAAACAAUUUGGCUUACAUUGGAUGCCAACGGAUUAGUACUAGGUAAAUGAUGCUCUACUCCAUUAAUUAAGAGAUUUUUUAUUAUUAGGUUUACAUUGAACUACGUUUAGUCUGUUUAAUUUUCAAUACAUUUUCCGAAGACAGCAUUUUUCCAUAUCUGUUUGAACACUGUGAGACACCUCCUCUAAUUCCUCAUUCAACAAACAAUAUCAUAUAGGUGUUACUAUACUGUCGACUACCGUGUUUCAACUACCAUGCCAAGGUCACAAGCUAACGUAGGUAAGCAUGUGCUAAUAUUUUACAUUGGUGUUCAUGGUUAGGAGAGGAAAGAAAAAACAAAACUUUCUAAUCUAAAUAAUAUAUUUUUAAUAAAGAAAUAAAGACUUAACAAUAUUUUUAAUAUAACUACAAAGUUCUAAACACAAAAUACAGCUCGUUCUUUUAGUUUUUACUCGGCGUUGUUCUGAUUUUGUCUAGUUUUAGUUUAAUCCUAUAAUGUAAACUUAUAUGUAAAUCAUUUAUUUCUUUCUCCAACCAGUAGUUGUAUACAUAUAAAUCACUUAAAUUUUCUACCGACAAAAUGUAUCUUAUUUUUUUUCGAAUAUUCCAAAAUAAAUCAAAUACUAGAAUCCAAGUUAUUGUAUGCAGCCGAUUACAUUUACGUUCGAGUAGAACAAAAAGCAGAUUUUUUUAAGGCUAAUGUAAUAUUAUUGGAGUUUUUCCUGCAAUUAUUGAUGUCUGCAAAUUUGAUUAUACACCUUGCAUUUUGUAAAUUGGCUCCUGAUGCAAACCCCUGUCACGCCAAUGGAGUGUUUUUAUGUGCCCAAAAAACGUGGAUCACCUACGGCAAUGGUUUUGUUUUCCGCUGGUGGUGUUGUUAUCGUCCAUGGUUGAAUAUGUCCUAAUGGAUAUGUUCUAUCGCUAAUAUGUAGGUUCUCUAAUUGUUUGAUAAUUUUUCUUAAAUCCUGAUAUACUUUAAUAUCUUUUUGUAACUCAAUGACUUUCUCUUGAAACUGUGCAACUUUAUGUCUAUACUCACUCAAAGACAUGACGCUACUAAAAAAAUUUUCUUGCAUAUAUUAGUAAAGAUACAUAAAUGUCUUUAUGGUAUGAUGUUUUAAUUUUUCUAUAUUACUCACCAGCAAAAAUUCCGUAUUUAUGCAUUUCAGAAAAAAAAAUACAGUGACGCAUUUCUACAACACGCUAUUCAACUUAAUGCUGACUAUACAUACUCCCUUAAAAAUUCAGUCACGUUGAAUCGCCAUACUUGACCUUUUUUUGACCUGUAAAAAUACAAUUUACAUAAUAACAACUUAUUUACAUCAGGGUUAACCUUUUUGACCUGUAGUUUGAUAACAACUUAUUUACAUCAGACUUGAACUUUUUGACCCGUAAAAAUGCAGUUUGCAUAACAACUACGUAUUGACGUCAAUCAUUCGUUAAAAAAUAAGAUAUUUGGAUCCUAAUUAAUAAUUUGACUUUGAAAAUUACAAAUAGCUAAAUUGCAUCAGACUUGACCUUUUUUUUUAAUCUGUAAAAUGCAGUUUGAAUAACAACUACUUAUUGACGUCAAUUAAACAGUAAAAAUAAGUACAUCAUAAUCAAUAAUUUGACUUUGAAAAUUGCACACAGACUACUUGAUUUUACAUCGUAGUGACUUUGAAAUAAAAUCACGUUGAAUAACAUUAAUGAAGUCACGUUGAAUCGCCAUACUUGACCUUUUUUUUUGACCUGUAAAAAUACAAUUUGCAUAAUAACAACUUAUUUACAUCAGGGUUAACCUUUUUGACCUGUAGUUUGAUAACAACUUAUUUACAUCAGAGUUAACCUUUUUUGACCUGUAGUUUGAUAACAACUUAUUUACAUCAGACUUGAACAUUUUGACCCGUAAGUCAAUCAUUCGUUAAAAACAAGAUGUUUGGAUCAUAAUUUGAUUUUGAAAAUUACAAAUAGCUAAAUUGCAUCAGAUUUGAUUUUUUAAUCUGUAAAAUGCAGUUUGAAUAACAACUACUUAUUGACGUCAAUUAAACAGUAAAAAUAAGUACAUCAUAAUCAAUAAUUUGACUUUGAAAAUUGCACACAGACUACUUGAUUUUGCAUCGUAGUGACUUUGAAAUAAAAUCACGUUGAAUAACAUUUUUUCGCUUACGCGUAAAAAUCUUUCAUUUAACCUUCCAUGAUAUCAAUAUUUUAGUAUUUAAAGCUGCGUGUACUGGUAGAAAUUAUCAGUUUACUUCAAGGUUUUGAAAGUUCAGUUUUAAAAAUGACCGGAAUUCCAACUACAUUGGUUGUCACUACAACGGAUGAAAAAAAUUUACCAUUAGAGGACCUAAUGGUUUUUGUUAAGCAUAUAUUUAGCUAUGGUGUCACAGACAUAAGGAUGUCUGAAGACCGAAUCCUUAUCAUUCUGAGCUAUUCACCUAGGGCCGUAACAUUGCGGAAAAAAUUCAAUAAGAUGCCCGUCCGCUAUGUCCGGACGAAGGUGGAGAAUGAAAGAGAACUGAGCGUCUUGGAACGAUUGAUGAAUUCAUACAAAUUCAAUAUCCUCGAUGAAGAGGAACUAGAUGCACCACCAAAAAAGAAAUUAUCAAUCACGGAUGUUUAUAGUGAUGAUGAUGAUGACGAUGAAGAUGAAAGUACUCGUAAGAAAUUUAAAAAAUAG